AUGAAGGUUACCAUAAUAACUUUUUGCCUGAUUGGAGCAGUCGUUGCCAACCCAAUCUCAUACAAUGUCAUUUUGGAAUCAAGCGAGCUUGACGCAAACACGACUGAAAGUUUGUCUGUUUCACAAUCGUCUGAAAAUAGCACCUCAGAGCUUCAGAGCUCUGAAGAAACUACCUCGAAUGAAGUGAGUCAUUCUAACUUUUCAGAGUCAGAAUCAUUAGAAUCCACAUCAGAGGACAAGACUUCAGAGGAGAGUGACAGUCAGUCAGAUGAGGAGUCUGACUCAAUGGCUGAAACCAGCGAUAACAGCAUGGGCAGUGAGGAGAAUGUUCGAAAGAGUUGGGUUGGAGUGUUUGCAAGUGUCGUCAAAGUCCAGAGCGCAGAGGACAAUAGCAGCACAGAGGUCCAAGGUCAAACAGAACACCUGAGCAAGGAGCUGACGGAGGAACAGCCUGCUCACACCUCCACCAGCACAACUCUCCAACAGAAGACCAACUCCACUCAAGGUCAAACAAACCUGCAACUGGUGGAGAGCCCCACCGACAGCAGCGAUACCACAAGCGACAGCGCAGACACCAGCGACAUUACUGGUGUUGCCGCUGCCCCCAGUAACAGCAGCGAGAGUAGCAGCAGCGAGAGCAAUGAGACCAGCGAGAACAGUGACAGCAGUGACGCCAGCAAGAGCGCAGAGGAUAGCAAUGCCAGCGACAGUGCCGAGCUGGAGCAAUUCAAAGCCAAGGACUGUGUGAAUGGAACUCAGAGCUGUGAAAGUGAGGAGUAUUUCUUCCAGGACAUAGGGGAUGAUGCCCAUUACUCUGUAGACAAUCUGAUGGUGCCAGAUGAGGAUGAAAGGGAGUUAAGUCUAAGGAGAUGA